GUGACCUUCCCGGCAGCCCUUGCUGGCUCUGCCCCAACCAAACAAAGACGGCAGCAGGUUUUCAAACAGUCGCUUCCCAGAAAGUUGGCUGCGGUAGAGCUGGGCUGCGCUGGCACCUAGCUGGUCCCGGCCACCGGAGAAAGCGGCAGCGAGUUGGUGCCGUCGCCUGAGAGGACCCCGGCAGCCGUCGGGAGUCCCUGUACGUGGGUGCUCUGCCCAUUUGCUUCUGUGCAUUGAGCUGGUUUGGGUGCUGGGAGUGGCGUGGGAAAGGAUGAGAGGAACUCCCGGCAGAGGUGCCAGCACAGGGAGUGUGCAGCAGGACAGGGUUUCGGGGCUGCGCGGUGCUGAGGUUCGGUGUCGGAGCUGGGAGUGGCACCCCCGAUCAGGAGUGCUGUCCUCCAGCUGAACUCAGAAGCCUGCCCAGCAAUUUUCCAGCGAAGUGCAGAUUCCUUUAGAUACUGCCCAUGUGUUGGUGGACGAGCAAGAGAUGAAAUAACAGAGCUGUGUACAGGACAGUGUUGUCUCCAGACCCAAGGAUAGGGUCUGCAGCACCAGCAGUUCGCACAUGGAUUUUCUACAGUUCUUCUUGCUGUGACCUUCUGGGCCACCAGGGAAACACAAUGGGGUCCUGCCAGCCUUGCGCGAUGAAUUGUCACUUGCCAGGACUCUCUCCAGGCUUCCUGAGACAUUGAGUUGCUGGUUGAGAUCCUGACUGCUUCUGAUUCCUCACUGUGCUGCUGGCAGGGUGGGAUUGAUGUCCAGUUUAGGACACUGGGCAGAGCCAAGCCCAUCACCAUCCUCUGUACCCUUGGCAGACUGGGGGACCAAGCUGGAUCCCUCUUUCUAAAGGGGCUCCACGUGAGCAAGGGCUGUCCAUAUUCAUUCUGGUGGGAAGAGCCACCUCCUUCACCCUUUCCACCUGGGAACCGUGUCACUGCUGGGGAUGGCACCACAUGGACGCAGAGCAAGAGCCAGCAGCCUGGCAGCAAGGCACUAGCUGAGCCUGAGCACCAUCACGGGGCAUAGAGCUACCUGGGGGGUGCCAGCAUCCCCACCACAGACACACUCCAGGGAUGUAGGUGCUGGGCGCAGGAGGAGUUCUGGCAGCAAUGGGCCGGCUGGAUGACCAUGCCAAGAGGAGGAUCGUGGAGCUGCGCAGGGCUGGGCUGAGCUUCCGCAAGAUCAAGAAGGUGCUGGAGCUGGAUGACAUCCGGGUGACGCCACAGGCCGUGUACCUCUUUCUCAAGAGGAAGAGUGUGGAACCAGGGUCAGCAGCAGCUGGCUGGGAUGGGGACCAGCCCUGGCCCCCACAGCAGGGGCAUGAGGCUGAGCCCCCCAGGCUGCUGGGCACCCGGCACCCUGCACUGCCCACUGGGGAUCCUAUGGGCAGCCGGGCACCCUGCUGUGCUGGCAGCCAGGACACCAAGGAAGGCAUCCAGAUUGUCAGUGUGGCCUCACUCUGCAAGGACACUGGGCAUCUUGGGGACACUUUGGCUAUGGAGCUGGCCCCUGCGAAUGGUGAUGAUAGCUCCACAGGCACAGCCCUGGCUUCAGGGACUGCUCUGGGGGGUCUUGCCCCCCUGCCCCAGCCACUGUCCAGCCAAGCGCAGCUGGUAACACCCUCGACCCAGAACUCAGCCCUGAUGGUGAAAAAGAAGACAGUGAACAGGGCUAUCCUCCUGCAGAAAAAGGUCAAAGAUGUCAGUACUCAGACUGCCUUGCCAAACUCUGUGGGUCCAGGAAAUCACAGCCUUGCUUGGGGUGGACCAGUGCCCCCCACUGCUCCCAGCUGCCCUGCCAUUGCUGAGAAGCUGGAUGCUGUACAGAUGGAGGUGCAGAAGCUGAGCCAGGCCCUGCAUGCAGUGCUGGAGCGGCAGUGCUGCCUGGAACGCCAGCAGGAGCACCAGCAGCGGCUGCAGCAGGAGGUGCUGAUGACACUGCAGCAGCUCAGCUCCACCAUGAGCCACGGCGCUGUGCCAGCCACCCAGCCCUGCGGCCCCUUCAGCAGCAUGGCUGAGCCCUCACCCACGAUGGCAAACUUCAGCCAGUUCAAGAUGGAGCUGAUAUGAGCUCCCGCAAGGCCUGUGUGUGCCAGCAGUGCUGUGCUAAGGAAGCCGGGAGGAAGAACCAUCUCUCAGAGGCUGCUCAAGGAUUACAUGCAGCAGCCAGCAGAUAAGGUCCCUGGUACCUCAUGUUCCCAGACCUGCUGACUGGAAGGCGCUGCCUGGCACAAGAGGCUGGACAGUGGAAGGCUGAGGCUUUGCUCCUCCUGUGCUGCUGAUCCUGGCUGGCACUGAAGCUGGCUGGGACCCAUGGACCUCAGCAGAAGGCAGUUGCCUGUAAGGAGAAGAUGAAGCUAAUGUGGACCCAGCAGGGAGGUGGGACUCCAAGGAUACAGGAGGCUUCCUUCUCGUGAGGAUCAAUGCCAUGAUGAUCAAUCUUGCCCUCGCCUCCAAAGAACCUUGUUCAGUAAAAAUCUGUCUACACCACGGUUCGGAACCAGUGUGUGAUCAGUAUCCACAUAUUCCCUACCCCUCACCUGGCCUGUGAGCAGGCUGGAUCUGUCUGGGUCACUAUCACCAUGCACAGAACUGCACAGGGUGCAGAAACUCAUGAGGUGAGACCAGCACUCCACACACGAUGUUGUUGGAGCUUGGUAUCAGGUGCUGCACCAUUAGGAAUAGAUCAGACUUGUAGGAAACAAUCUUUACUGAGGAGAUUCCAUCCUCCUCACCCCACAGACCCAGCAGAUCUGGAGUCUGGUACUGGUGCUGCCCACUGUCUUGGCAAGAUAUGGGCAGGACCAGGACCAUACCAGUAAGAGUUGUACCUUGGCAGGAGCUGAUUAACUGGGUGUUCAGCUCUCUAACUAAUUUCCCUGGGCAGGAUACCCUCUGUUGUGAUCCCAGUAGCAAGGGCUCUCUCUAGAGCAGAGCUGCUCUAGCAGAGCAGACCAAAAGGGCACAGGGGAGGCUGGAGUCCAGAAGGACCAGAGACUGGCCUUGUCUAUCAGGAGGAAAGGUCUGAUGGCAGUGGCCUUGGCUCAGCACCCAGUAGUGAAUCCUGAGAGGAGGCAGAGUAUGUGUUCUUCCUCUGCAUCAGCCAAGCAGGCUUUUGUCUGCACGGGCACCACGCUUGGCACAACCUGUGCCUUUGAGAAUUUCCCAGCCUUUUUCUCAGGUCUCUUUGAGUCCAAGGUCAAAAUUAAGAAAAGUAAUAACCAAUUGAAGUGUUUGUACACAGACACACAUAUAGAGAUGUACACGUAUGCACAGAUGUAGAUGCAUGGGGCAGGUCUGUGCAGCAGCCCCAGUGUUUGAGGGAGCAGGACACCCACUCUGCUCCCCCAAGACACAUUGCUGGCUCCAGGGCUGUGCCCAAGAGAACUAGAAAUCUGCUGCCAUCUGCCUGCAGUCAUUCAUUUCGAUGUUGGUGUAAUUUUGGGGACAUCUGAAAAGCAACAGAUGAAGAAAAACACAUUAUCAGUUGCUCUGCUCUUUUGCACAAGGCAGCUAAUCUGCACCUCAGGUUUGAAAAGAAGAGGCUGGAGGACCAGCACUCAGCAGUCACAGUUUCCUAAUGUCUGUUAAAGUUUCAGAGAAAAACAGGAGCAGAACAGCUGCUAUUCCCUGGCACAUGUACAUAAAACCAUGCUGGUUUCUGAAAGAGCUUCCCUAAAUCUGACUUGGGCUAUUUCUUAAAUUAUUUAAAAAAAAUAAAUGUAUCUACCAAUA